UCUCGAGGCAGAUUACCAUUCGUCCCUUCACCUUCCGAAUAAAUACCACCAUUACCAUCACCAUUAUUUGCCAAACAGUUAUAAAUUAGGGUUUACAGAGAAAGCAGACAUUAGUGUGUGAAGUUAAGCGAUGCGGAUGAUGAAUUCGGGAGUGAUGGUGGCCGUGGUAAUAACGAUGGGGUGGCUAAUGGCGUCUGCAACCGCUAUUCUGCAUAAGGUGGGAGGCAAACAGGGUUGGGAUCAGAACGUCAAUUACACUGAGUGGGCGGCAAAUGAACAGGUUUACGUCGGCGAAUGGCUCAUAUUCAACUUUGACAAGAGGUACUACAAUGUUCUGGAGGUGAACAAGACGAGCUACGAGAACUGCAAUGAUCAAGGCUUCAUAAAGAACAUAACCCGGGGAGGGCGAGAUGUGUAUCAACUCACAGAGGCAAGGCCGUAUUACUUCCUCUCCGGCGGAGGUUACUGCUGGCAUGGCAUGAAGCUUUAUCUGACCGUCCACGAUGGGCUCCCACCUGCUCCAGAACUCGCUCCAGCACUUGCUCCGGCUACAAGUGUGGCUUGUCCUCCAAAUUCACUAACCUCCUCCGCCGCUGAGAUGUUGUUUCUAUCCAUUGCGCUUUGCUUAGCUUUAAUGUGGACGCUCUAGCUAGUUAGUUAUAUGUAAAAGCGAAUUAUAUGUGGUGGUGAUCAGGAUCUUCUGUAUGUUCUUUUGGGUGCAAGGCUAUGCAAGGCAUUUAAUUGUAGCCUUGAAUUGAAUGAAAUUCUUGAACUUUCAUACCCA